AUGGGAGCUACUGUAAUUAUAUGGCUCGAAGCGGAUCAUGAACUGGAAGGCAAAAAAGCCAAAGUGAAACAUGUGUUCGAUAUUUAUUCCCAAAUUAUAAACGAAACAAUUGCAUUAUCCUCAAAUCGAAGUGACGCGGCGACGGUGGAGAGUCGGAUGAGACCACUGCUUGCAUCAUUAUCAAAAGCUCACGAGUAUGACGAUCGUUUCACAGAUACAAAUCAACUAUGGACCGGAGAACAGGAUGGGAUGACGACUAGAUGGACGUUUGCAGCAGCUACUCUUUAUGCGCUCACUGUGAUCACUUCUACAGGUUACGACCAUGUUACCCCUGCCACUGAUCCCGGAAGAAUAUUCACUGUAUUUUUCGGAUUGAUAGGUAUCCCAUUGAUGUUUAUCACUGCCGCCGAUAUUAGAAAGUUUUUGUCUGAAAUUGUUAUUAGGUAA